GUGACUGUGAGUUUAUAAAAGAAAGUUUGGUGCACAAUUCCCACAUUACACACGGCAGAGAGAGCACAGCAAAUCGCGUACACUAAACCUUGCAAGAAGUUCGCCGUUUACUGUUCGUCUUUGUAGAAGAUUUCCAGGGAAACUUGCCAUUUUUUUUACGUGGAUUUGAUUGGUAUAUUUCGGGCAGCCGUCAUGGCAGCCAAGAUUCGUGGAAUGGUGAGCAAGCAGAAGAGACGGUAUGUGGACGGCAGCUUCGAUCUCGACUUAAGUUAUAUAUAUCCAAAUAUUAUUGCAAUGGGCUUUCCUGCAGAGAAACUUGAAGGCGUAUACCGGAAUAACAUUGAGACAAUUGUUAAGUUUUUGGAGGAAAGACAUGGGGAACACUACAAAGUUUACAAUUUAUGUUCGGAGAGGAACUACGACACCUCAAAGUUCUGCAACAGAGUUGCUCAUUACCCAUUCGAUGAUCACAACCCGCCAAGGUUUGAGCUCAUCAAACCCUUCUGUGAAGACCUCGAUCAAUGGCUUGCCUCGGAGAGCGACAAGAAUGUUGCCGCUAUUCACUGCAAAGCGGGCAAGGGAAGGACGGGGGUGAUGAUUUGCGCUUACAUGCUACAUCGGCAGCUCUACAAGACGGCAGAUGCUGCUCAAGCCCACUAUGCUUCAGCUAGAACAAUGAAUGGAAAGGGAGUAACGAUACCGUCACAAAAGAGAUACGUUGAGUAUUACGGCGACCUCGUCUUCAAACAACUCCAAUACAAACCGACGACGCUAUUGCUCCGGCAGAUUCGACUGGAGACGAUACCCAUGAUCAGCGGCGGGACGUGUUCGCCGUCGUUCACCAUCUACCAACAGAAAGUCAAGAUUUUCACAUCUCAAACAAACGAGGGUGUCAAGCGAAAAGAAAAGACCAUAGAGUGCACCUUGCCACAGCCGGUCCCCGUUUGCGGCGACAUCAGAAUUGAAUUCUACCACCGGCAAAACCUUCUCAAAAAGGACAAGCUAUUUCAUUUCUGGUUCAACACAUUCUUCGUUCCGAGCUGCAAGACAACAUCCUCAACCAACGGAUCGGUGCCUGAGGUUUGCCAGCUACCGGGCGCCAGGCGCACCAUGGUACUAACGCUAAAGAAGGACGAAGUAGACAAGGCUAACAAAGACAAAACCAACAAAGUGUUCUCACCCAACUUUAAGGUAACGUGUAUAUUCAGCAACGUCGACAGCGACAAAGAAAGACGGACGUCGGAGGACAGCGGGCAGUCGUCCGGAACGGGAAGCGACCAUAGUGACCUCGAUGACAUCUCAGACACGGAUUCCGAGUCGGAAUGGAGCCCGGCAGAAGUAACUCACGUAUGAUUGCAAUUAAAUAAAAAAAGCUCUUAUCUUAUUGUAACCCCCUCUCUCUUAUUUGAACCAGGGUGCUAAGAUGUUUUCCACUCUGUUCGGGACCCAGUUUCAUAAAGCCUGUAAGCAUAAAAACUUGCUAAGCACAAAAAACCUGCUAAGCAAAAAAAAAACUGU